AUGAAUAUUCAGGCUUGGGAAUUAACUCUAACAGAAUAUGGUUUGUCCUUUGAAUUUAACGAUGUACUCGAGGGUUUUAGGAUUGGUUUCGACCAAGGCAUACCUCAACAUACUAUACCAGGUUUGAGAUAUUAUACACCAGAUAACCACAGCUCAUCAGAAAAGGUUAAAUCCAAGGUUGAAGAAUCUAUUAAGAAAGAAUUGCUAGCGAAAAGGAUGUUUGGCCCGUUCACUCUAAAUCAGGUCAUGAAGAAAUUUGAAUUUUUUCGCUCGAAUCCUUUAGGAGCAGUAGUUAAUGGCGACGGAGCCAUCAGACCGAUAAACGACCUGUCAUUCCCAAGGUACGAUCCAGUUGUAAGAUCGGUGAAUUCUUUCGUCAACAAACACGAUUUUGAAACCACGUGGGACGAUUUCCGUGUAGUCUCAGAAUUCUUUGCCAAAGACAAGCGGAAGAUGGAGUUGGCUUUGUUCGAUUGGGAGAAAGCGUACAGGCAAAUCCCGACGCGGAUGGAUCAGUGGAAAUUUUUAUUAGUUAAGGAUUUCAAUGGAGAAUUUCUAUUGGACACCCGUAUCACCUUUGGCGGAGUAGCGGGAUGUGGCUCGUUUGGACGCCCCGCAGACGCGUGGAAGCAAAUCAUGAAGAAGCGUUUCAAAUUGUUAAAUAUCUUCCGAUGGGUCGAUGAUAAUCUGUUUAUCAGGUUGCAAGGGGACGACAUAUCGAUGGAGAAGAUUGUCGAAUUCUCUACUGAAUUGGGCGUUUUAACGAAUAAAGAGAAAUAUUCUCCAUUUCAGGACGAACAAAAGUUUAUCGGAUUUAUUUGGAACGGGAUACAGAAGACCGUGAGGCUACCAGAUAGAAAAAUAGAGAAAAGAAUUAGUCAAAUAAUGCCCUUUCUAGAGGAGAAAGCAACAUUCGACUACGAGGACGUGGAGAUAUUAAUAGGAAGGUUGAAUCAUGUGGCAUACAUAUUGCCCCAUCUGAAAUGUCACCUGUGUUCUCUAUAUCGUUGGUUGAUUUCUUGGCGAAUGAGGAAAGCGCGUCGGCCAACACCUCCGGACGCUCUAGAAGAUUUGUCGUUGUGGGUUGCCACGCUCAAAUCUUUCGAACAUACUAGAAUAAUCAACUAUGGCCCACCCGUGGACAUAGGUUGGGUAGGAGAUGCGUCCACAUCUUUUGGAAUCGGAAUACUGAUAGGCAAGAGAUGGGCUCAGUUCAAGCUACACGAUCCCAAGUCUAACCCGUUAAGGAUCUCUUACCUAGAAACGGUUGCCAUCAGGCUUGGAUUGUUGAUGGUUUUGAAGUUGAGGACCCAACGCGGCAAGACGCUAAUGGUCUGGACUGAUAAUACGACUACCGAGAACGGGAUUAAUAACAAGAAAUCCAGGGACUGUAUGGCCAACGCAGAGUGGAUGAAAAUACAAAAGAUAUUAAUCCAAGAAGGGGUCGAGCUACAAGCGAAACGGGUUUCGUCUAAGGACAAUAAAGCAGAUGCACUGUCAAGAGGGAUAAGAUCUGGACAGCACGUGAAACAGCAGUUGGUCAUAGAAAUCCCACCUGACCUGAAAGGGAUCCUUUCACAAGUAGUCUUUAUCAUAUAG